ACACAACUGUAACUGCUGCAACAACUUCCUGCUCACGCCACGGGUAACGUUUCGUUUUUUGGGUGUUUUUUUUUUGUGAGUGUGUGUAAAAGAUGUGAAGGUACAGUGACGGCACAUGCACUGGAUAUUCUUGCUGGGCUUGACGAGGAAGGACCUGAAGGGGAGGGAACCUUGAGGACGGCAUGGCAACACUCACAUUAUAAAGUCGAAGGCACACCCAGCCUGCAGCCUCAGUUCAGCUCUCCUCUUCCUCGCAGCAGCACCAUGCUGAACCUCAUCAAGUUUCCACGAGUCUUCACCAUCAAUCAGGUGCCCAAAGUUUUCCACGAGGAUGGCAUCAUUUCUGGGUACCGGCACCCCCGGAGCUCCGCCACAGACUGCAUCCUCAGCCUCUUCCAGAGGACCAAUGAGACUCUCAACAUCUGGACUCACUUUCUGCCCUCCUGGUACUUCCUGUGGAAACUGCUAACAGUGGUGCUAAUGCAGGCAGUGUGGCAGGACUCCUUCACCUGGCCUCUGGUGGUCUUCCUCCUGUCCUGCUGUGUUUAUCCUCUGGCAUCGAGCUGCGCUCACACCUUCAGCACCAUGUCGCUGAGGGCGCGACACAUCUGCUUCUUUUUUGAUUAUGGUGCUCUCAGUUUCUACAGCCUGGGCUCAGCUAUUGUUUAUUCAGCCUACAUUUUUCCUGACAAGUGGGUGAACGGCUUGUUUCACCAUUGGUACAUCCCCAUCGCUGUGGUCAACGCGUUCAUCUCCACCAUCAUGGCCUGCUACUCCAGACUUGGAUUUCCAUUUCUACAUUAUAACCAGGAUGUUGUAAAAAGAUUCCAUGAGUGCCCCAAACCGAAGUUCAGCAAAUUCCUCCGUGGUGUGGCCUUCAUCUACCCCUACAUGUUUGACAACAUUCCUCUGUUCUACAGGGUUUUCCUGUGUGUAGGGGAGGGCUGUACAGACAAUGAAACAACUGUCCUGCACUACCAGCACAUCAGCUUGGCUUUCCUCACAGGGUUUCUGUUUGUUUCACAUCUCCCUGAGCGCCUAGCACCUGGUAGCUUCGACUUCAUAGGUCACAGCCAUCAGCUGUUCCACGUCUGCGCCAUCGUCUGCACCCACCUCCAGAUGCAGGCUGUAGAGCAGGACAUGGUGACACGGCGACCCUGGCUCUCCGUUAACUCCACCCCCGUCACGUUUGCCGGCUCACUGGGGUCGACGCUGCUUUGCGUGGCGAUGAAUUUGCUCAUCAUCCUCAUCUUCAGUUUACCUCUCCUUUCUGCCUCGGUGUGUCAAGACGGAAAACAUGGCAACGAACCUAAGGCCUCAAAUAAAUCUUGCCACUGUUCUUAACGYUCUCACACCAGUUACAGGAAGAAAUGCAACAUGGGUAAAAAAAAAAACUGCUACUACAAACACAUCUCAGCAUUCACACUUUACAUGAAGGCUGCUGUAAAAGUUUUUGGAAGCUGAACUUUAGAGCAUGUGUUUCCCAAAUGACAGAAGUGCAAUUACAAUUUUAUUAGCAAUUUUUUUUAAAACUACAAAUGUUUCUGCGGAAACUUUGACUUGUUUGAAGAUGUAGCAGGUGUGCUGCAUUCUCAGAUGGUGCUCUGUAUGUGUAGAUAUUUUUACUAUAGUCUCCGAUAGCCAUAUGUGGUGUAUGAAGAGAGUCCAGGGAACAAAAGAUAUCUUAAGUUGCAAAAAUCAACUUUUUAAAACUUGAACUUUUACCUCUGUACCUUUUUUUAAACACUUGUACUCAGCCUUUUGGAAUGCACUGUAUUGUUUUGAUAAGAGAGGUUGACAAUUUUGUUUUAGUUACGAGUGAAGCUGCUUUAUAAACUGAAUAUUUGGUUACCGAUAGUCUGGAAACUUUUCUUUCUUUGUUUUUUUUAUUUUUAAUCCCAGCUAUUGUUUUCCAAAUUAUUUUUUGCUAAAGGUGUUGUCUGUCCCAUUUAAAGAUUGUUACAUUGGUCCUUUUUAAUGCUGAAUGUGUAAAGAAAAAGUAUUCAAGUGCAAUAUUUUAUUUAUUGUAAAUUUUCCAAAUAAACUAAACUAAACCUGUA